AAAGAGCUCUUUUCGGUGUCCAACAGCAUCUGGCUUUCUGUUCUGUGUUAAGGGGGCAGAAAUCGCGUCACACGAAAUCAUCGUUUGAGCAAGUGAAAUGCAUUUGUUAACGGCCGAGUUGCGCUCAGCUGGAUUUCAAUGGAAACGAGAGCUCUCGCAGGGGGGCUGACAGACCGGUUAUCGCGCUCCAUCCGUGAUGACCGCAUUUCUUAAGGGCAGCGCUCGCUCUGGCUUCACGCGCACGCUCGCUCUCUCCCUUUUGAGUCGUUUGGUGAGAGCAGGACGUGCUGAUCCGUGACCGUUUUGCUAGACUGCUGAAAAAUACACAGAGAGAGAGAGAGACAGACAGAGAGAGAGAGAGAGAGAGAGAGAGAGAGAGAGAGAGAGAGAGAGAGAGAGAGAGAGAGCGGCGAAAAAGAGAAAAAAAAUCACAGUAUUGUCGGUGUGAAUCAUCCGGGAAUCCAUCUUUAAAACAGAACAGUGAAGACGUGCUCGUCACAGGGGCAUGUAAAAGCGCAAAGAGGCAACGGAGGAACCUCGGAAACGCGAGUUUCGGGGAAUUAUCGAAUCCGUGGCAUGAGCGUGGAGCAGGGCAGGUUUGAAGGAAUGAUACGAAAGGGAAACGGCACGAUGAGCGUCAUGAGCGGCAACGCGAACUCCGCCGUCACGCAGACUCCCGGUGGACGGAGCCGCGGAGACUCGCGCUACCCGCAGUACGCGCCCCAUCAGAGCGGUACCAUGAUGGUGAAAACCCAAAACGAGCCGGCGGACUUGGUCAAACGAGCCCUGGACUUCAAGACGCAGGGCACGCAGUGCUACAAGGAUAAAAAAUACCGCGAGGCCAUCGGCAAGUACCACCGCGCGCUGCUGGAAAUGAAGGGUCUGUGUCGCGUGCUGGGGGACCCUGACACCAGCAAGUCCCCCUCCACAGUCCUGACCAGCAUCAGCAAGUCCAGCCUGACAGACGAGCAGAAAGGCGCGGUGGAGAACGCGGAGCUGGAGUGCUACAACAGCCUGGCAGCAUGUCUGUUGCAGAUGGAGCUAGUGAAUUAUGAACGAGUGAAAGAGUACUGUCUGAAGGUUUUGAGAAAGGAAGGUGAGAAUUUUAAAGCCUUGUAUCGCUCUGGUGUGGCAUAUUAUCAUCUGGGAGACUUCAACAAAGCCCUGCACUACCUGAAGGAGUCACACAAACAGCAGCCCACAGACACGAACGUCAUCCGCUACAUCCAGCUCACGGAAAUGAAGAUUCGACGAAAUGCCCAGAGAGAGAAAUCAGAAGUUCCGUAAAAACAGCAGCUCCCGCUCGAACAGCUUUCCACCGCGGACACCCCACACUUCCCUCAUCGCACUCUCUGUGGACGAGGUUCGGCAUUUCACGGAAGACUUUAUUCCAGUGCGGGUCAACACACCUGUCUCAGUCCUGUCAGAAACAGUCUCUGGCUAAGACUGAAGAGCUGAAUCAGGUGUGCUGUGCCCUGCAGUACACUGUGGAGACCAGGGAUGGAGACCACCAGAGAAGUUAAUGGCAUUUAUUAUGCUUUUUGAAGUACGCUAGUGCUGUCAAAAUGUUUGCUUUAAUUCCUCGGUUGUAUUUUAGCUACAAACUAACAGACAGGUCUCUCGAAGUGGGUUGUGUUCUGAAGUUGUGCUCCACAGAACACCCUCAGAUCAUUUUGUGGCUGGUGAAACAUAGUUUACAUAUUCCUGCAGCUUUUUCGUUCGCGUAUUGUUUCCAGAUCAUGACAAAGAUGUCUUUUAUUAGAGAUUCUGAAUCAGUUUUGCUUGAAGCACACGAAGCUCCUUCAUUUGAAGUGCAGUUAAGUGUCACUACCAGUGAAAACGAUGCCAGUCAUAUACAACCUACUCUUCACUUAACACCCACAUUCAAAUCGCAGUUUGAAAGAUCUCACACGCACAGAGUGGGCUUAAGUGUACACUCACACACAUACACACACACACACUCGGUGGACACGAGUGUAAGCAUGUGAAUCAAGCACAGUCUGACACGCAUACAAAAGCAUGUGGGAGUAAAAUAAACUGUGGUAUUGUAAUAUGUA